CGCCUCUCCGAUCGGCGGGAAAAAAAAAAAGUAGAUAUUUGCUGGAGGCACAAUGGACUCUGCCAUUGACCUCUCGGACGCCUCCAAGGCAUUGGAUCUCUCCAACAUUCGCUUCCAACUCAUACGGCUAGAAGACACAAUCACUUUCCACUUGAUUGAGCGCGUCCAGUUUCCUUUAAAUCACACGAUAUACGUUCCCGGCGGCCUCCACAUACCGGACAGCUCGCUGAGUCUUUUCGAUUGGAUGCUCCGCCAGCAAGAGCGUCUCCAGUCCCUUGUCCGCCGAUACCAGUCUCCCGACGAAUACCCCUUCUUUCCCGAUGCCCUUCAGACGCCCAUCCUGAAGCCUUUGCACUACCCUAAGAUUCUGCAUCCUAACAAUGUCAACGUGAAUGAGAAGCUGAAGAACAGCUACAUUGAACAUAUCCUCCCUGCGGCCUGCUCACAGUACGGCCAUGGGGACAGAGGGGAGCAGCAGGAGAACUAUGGGUCCGCCGCUACAUGUGACGUUGCCUGUCUGCAAGCUCUUUCCCGACGCAUCCACUUCGGAAAGUUCGUUGCAGAAGCAAAGUUCCAGAAGGAAACAGAGCGAUUCGUAAAGCUAAUCAGAGCAGAGGACAGGCAGGGAAUAGAUGAUGCAAUCACGGAUGCCAAGGUUGAAAAGAAAGUAUUGGAGAGGUUAAGACUCAAGGCUAAGACGUAUGGCACUGAUCCAGAAUCGAACGGCGACGGUAGCCCAGUCAAAAUAAAUGCUGAUGCCGUUGUGGCUAUGUAUAAGGACUGGGUCAUUCCGCUCACAAAAGAAGUGGAAGUGGAAUAUCUCAUGCAACGACUAGAAGGCACGGAGUGGGCAUAGCAAUUGAAACGCGAAUCCGUAUCUUUGGAAAGCCGACAGUCUCGGUUAAGUUCUCACCAGUUUAGAAGGAAUUUUAAUCCUAAGAGAGGCCAUGUAGACACUUGCUCUAGAUUGUAUGGUGAACCCAGACGGACUCGGAAUUCUCGGAAUCGGUAGGGUCGGAGAAAGGCACAGUCCACUAAAGAAGAC